UCUACAUCCGUGCAUUGCUACUUCCUGUAUGUUGAGAGCUGCUAAAGUAAACAUGGAAUGGAGCUGUGUAUUCGGAGGCAAUUAUAUGUGAAAUAUGUUAAGUUAGUGAUUACGUGGAAUGCAGUCUGAGACCACCUUGGUGUAGAAUGUUACCCCUCUGACUCACCGAUGAGCACCAUGUUCCAUUCGUCUCACAUCCACGUGCCUCGCAGUCGGCGACCCAAUGCACUUCGGACAUUUGUCACAUCCUCAUCAUUUGGGCCCACUGAGACCAAGGAGCCACUGAGGCGGGGGAUUAUGUUCACAACGGUCGCCAGUGUUCUCCUACUUGUGGGGAGCAUCCUCACAUGGCUGGGGUUCAGUGAUGUGUUUGGUGACAAGGUGUCCAUGACAGGACCACUGCUGAUAGCGUUGGCUCUCCUACUUCUUCUGUUGUCUAUGAGGCAGUUUGUUAUAGCUCGGAAACGGAAUAAUUCCACCAGGAAUGGACUACAGCUUGGACAGAUGGGGCGUGGCACGGUAACAGCAGUGGUAGUGGAUCGCAAUGAUGGCCUGGGUGCUGUCACUGUCAUCAUGGAUGCUCUGAAUGUCACCCCUGACACACAAAUGAGAAGCUAUGCAUCGUCCACAGGGGAAGACUGUGCACCUCCAUCAUAUAGUGAGGUUACACAGGAAAAUACCAGUACAAUCCCCCCUGGCCACCAUCACCCGGAUCAGGAUGAACCACCACCUCCAUACGAGGAGGCUGUUGGGGUAGAAUUGUCCUCAUCCACACUCAAUCGCUCUUCUCUUCACAAUCACACUGACGAAACUACACUGCCAGCUUAUACAUCAUGGACACCAGGCUGUAACGUAGACACCCCCAGCAAUACACUGACUAUCCCAGGGCAGGUGGCCCAGUGUUACCGUCGCUGCACAUUCCCUACACAGCCCGGAAUAGAAACCAGUGGUGGAGGACACCAGCUCACAUCUCUCGCAACAGGCCAGACACUUACUACAGCAGAGCUCACUCAGGGCGCUAAUGGACCUUGGUCUUCUUCAGGAAGGUUUUUUCUAAUUCCACAUUUUCUAGGAGUUUUAGCCAAUAGGAGAGGAGACCCUGCAGCAAGUAUGACUGGGGAGCUACCCCCAGCCUACCAGGCAGUGGACACAACCGGUAGCUCCCCUCUCACCUACCUUCAAGCCAUGAGUGUAGGCAACCAGCCUGGUCCCCCACAAGAUCACCUAGGGGUACAGAGUCCCCAUGAGUCCCGCUCUCUUGCUCAUCCAAUGGUACCAGACCACCCUGUCGAUACCUACCAUCUGCCUCCUAUGGAGAGCAACCAACAGGGAGUGGUCCCACACUCCAGCUUCCCAAACUCCAGUCUCACCACCUGCAGUCUCCCUGGCUCUGCUGAGACACCAUCAAGUCAAGUCUGCUGCGUGACGUCAUCCAGUCUGCCCAACUCCAGCAUGGCGGCCUCCAGUCUGACGGGUAUUGGUGUCACAGGUUCGAAUAUGAAGACCUCCACCACACCCAUGCCUACUAUUGCGGGCUGCAAUUCUCCUCCCAGGGUUCAUCACGGAGGAGUGAGCAGCCAUCCCAGCAGCACCACCAGCCCCUCUGCUGCAGCACGCUUCCUGCAGGCUCCACGCAACCCCAACUCUCCCAUCAUAGAUGAACUAGAAGAGGUGGUAUAGUCGUAGGGCACAGCUGCAUUGCACAUGUAUGCUAGUUAUGUUAUGAUACAGGAGGUAUGAUGUUGUAUUGCAGAACACAGCUGCUCAUGUCAAACAUUGAUAAGUUGGGGUUGAGUUGUGAUACAAAUGAUAUGUACAAAUAAUUUUUAUCUUUUUUACUGAAUGUAUAUCAAGGCCAGACCAAUAUAAUUACUUGUUUUGAUGACCUAUUAUAAAAAAUAUCUGAAGCAGGAGG